AUGAUAAGUGGAAGUGAUAUAAAUUCACUAAUUUAUACCAGACCCCUAUCAAAUGGCGACGACAUUGGGUUCUUAACAGAAGCCCUUGUGUCAAAGGAACAUUACGGUAGUAAUUCUACCAGUGUUACUGUGAAGCGCAAGAAGAGAAGUGCGGAAGCAGCGAAUCGCCAUAGAAAAAGAUAUUUAGAAAUUCUACGUAGAAAAGAGCAAUUGGAGGCAAAUAAGCCCUUAUCAAAUCAUACUUAUAGUGAAGUUGUUGGGAAUCAAUUAUAUUUGAGUGACUCUCAGAAAAAGAACUUGAUUUGCAAAUACUACUAUCGCUAUGCAUCUUGUAUUCACGGGGAUAACUGCGCAUUUUCUCACGAUUGUACACCUCUAACUUCUAAGAAUUUGAAAUUAUGCAAAUUUUUUCUCCAAGGAGAAGGGAAGUGUAGUAAAAGUGCAGAAGAAUGUUGUUAUUCUCACGAUCCUUCCCUUUUUUUGUGUCGCUCAAAUGUAAUAAAUGGCACGUGCAUGAACAUCGGCAGGUGUAAAUUUAAACACUUAUCUCAGAGUAAUAUUGACGCAUUGGAUGAGGCGGAGAAGCUUAGAUUUUGUUACAACAACAAGCAAUUUCUGUUAAAUCUAAAAAACAACAUGGAUACAGACAAAGAGUUAAAUUUCCCAUGGUAUAUUAGAUGUGUUAUUCAACUAGAUAAGAGAGAUAUGCGAACAAAUUCUAUUUAA